UUCACCGUUCAACUUUGAUAAGUAACCAUGUUCACAAAAUUAAUAUUUGUCCUCCUUGUAGGAGCAGUAGUGAGUGCGACUCCACGCCAAGGUUUCAGGUACAGAACCCGCAGCCAAAGGUUGGAACAAGCUCCAGUUCCCCAUACGGUGUACGGCCCACCUACGGUACCACCCCAACCCGAACAACCGCCUCAGGAAUACGGCCCACCUCAACCACCUCAGGAGGUCACCACGGUAGCCCAGGAGACUACCACGGAUGUACCCACCACUACUGAGGCAGUUACUGAGGAAGUAGCCACUACUACUGAAGCUGAUGACGGGACUAAAGCUGAAUUAAACAAUGGACAGGAACAAGGUGUCUACUACAUUUAUCACCCAAGUGGAGCCCUGCAGAAGGUGGUGUACUCCACCCAAGACGACCUGAAGAACAUGGAGUACAGAGCCAGGUUGAAAUACGAAACGGUACAGCCCAUCAGGGAACCAAUUUACACGUACGAUCCAAACACGUUCGUGUUCAGCAGAAUCGCUUUUUAAUUAAGAUAAUCACAAUGUAUAUUCUUUAAGUCAAUAAAAC